CCUUCUCAUCUUGCGGGUGCAUGUGAUGUUUGAAUCAAGUUUUGUACCAUGUGAAUUUUGUGUUGCCACGUUCUAAGAGUUUGAUCUCCCAUUAAAUAAAAGCUAUGGUGAAUCCUUAUCUCAACCCUAAAGCAGCCAUGGAUGAUUAACUGAAUACCAAUCCUUGCCAUCAUCGAGCUGAAAAAAAAAGCUGUGCAGGGCUUACAAUGUCUGGAAAUCCUAAAUCUGAUGAAGCCCUGGCAAGAAUGAACUAUAUAACCAAGAGAAUGAAAUCAAUUGAUGCCUUGGGAGCACUGAAACAUAUAAUUGAAUCUACACAUAGGGAAAGAGCAACAGUUGCAGAGAGGUUGAGGAGGAACCGAAUGAAACAUUUCUGUGGGAAACUCGAAUCUCUCAUACCAACAACUCUUCCAAGGACUGACAGAAGCGGCCUGCUGGAGAAUGCUGGCACUUACAUUAAAGAACUGCAAGACCAACUAAGCCAACUGAAGGGAAGGAGAGAGUGUCUUGAAGCAAAGCUACGUGAGAAAACAGUGAAUAAAAGAUUAGAGGUCACUAAGGUUGAUGUGGAGGUUAAGGAAAGGGAAUCUGUAAUUAUCAUCAGUAGCAUUAGAAAGCCGAAGCACUUUUGGAGGGUGAUUCUGGAGGUUGAACAUCACGGUCUAGAUGUAAACAUGUCACAGCUUUCUUCAAGCGACUUCUUUGUAUACAUCUACUUUCAUGCCAGUUUCAGUGAGGUUAUCAAGGAAGUCGACCCUGCUCAGCUACAGAAUUCUCUGAAAACCAGACUGUUAGCUGUGUAUUAGGGUUUCAUAGCACAUCGUUUCAGCCUAUUCCAGGUUGUUAGAUGAAUAUUAGGGUUAUAUUACCAAGGUUUCUGUUCAACACAGGUAAUCGCUUGGGUGGUAGGAAUAAGUCUUGUGAAGGCCCACAUUGAAGUGAUGGAUGAGGAGGAGACCUCCACUAGAGCCAGUGUCACAAAUAAUUCAAUGUCCUAUGGCCAAUAAUGUUUGCAACAGUAGCUCAUUGUUGGGUCAUUGCUGAAAAAGAGCAUCACGACAUUAUUAUCGUACGUAUGCAUUCUCCUCGUUUAGUAUACUUGCAUAUUUGAUUUAAAUAGUUAUUUAAAAAGACAAGCUAUUGCAUUUACACAUUCACUCAGAUCUCUAUUAGACUCUGCAUCAGUAGAGAUGCUGUAAUA